AUGAACCUAGUUCUUUAUCGCCUAAGCUCUAAUCUCUUAGCCUCUAAAAGUCAAUCCCGUAGCAAUCCCCCGGGAUGCACGAGAAGCUACCAUGUGAAGGUAUUCGGAUCGACCUUGACCGGCCCUGCUCUUCAGUGGUACAUCAAUCUUCCUACCAAGUCUAUCAAGUCCUUUGUGGCCCUUAGUGAUAAUUUUGUGGAGCAAUUCGCUAGUAGUCGCAACCUAGAGAAAAACUCAGAUGAUCUCUAUGAAGUCCUCCAGCAUAGGAACGAACCCCUUCAUUCCUACAUAGCACCCUUCAACCAAGAGAAGGUGGCUAUCCCCGAGUGCAACGCUGAUACGGCCAUCUCGGCCUUCAAGCGGGGCUUACGCUCGGAGGGAGAUCUCUACAAAGGGCUGAUUAAAUACAAGUGCAGGACUAUGGAGGAUGUACUGUCUCGUGCUUGGGCUCAAGUAAGAUGGGAAGAGGAUGUUGCAAGUAGGGCCAAGGCUUAUCCGAAGUACGAUCAGAAGUCCUCGAAGCCGACCAGGAACGAUCGUGAUGAGCUCUUUCAUCCCAAGUCAGCUAAAGAGACUAGCAAUCCAGGCAGGGGCAGAUUUCAAAAUCGUCCUUUGCCUAGAUCCGAAGGAAUGAUGGUAUCCACAUGGCCCGAUAUCUCUCAUCUUGCGAUAACAAAGCCAGAUCUAAUCGGUGUCCUACGACAAAUUGGUCCUCAAGUCAAAUGGCCUCCCAAUAUGAAGUCCUCGGAGGUUAAUCGAAACCCCAGGCGGUGGUGCGAAUUCCAUAGUGAUCAUGGUCACAUUACGGAAGAUUGCAUAGCCCUGAAGAUAGAAGUCACCGAGCUACUCAAGAAAGGCCACCUGAGAGAGUUCCUCUCAGACAAGGCCAAGAACCUUCUGAAUAAAGUAGGUCCCGGUUUCCUUACCGAAGCGGCUCCCGCAUUGCCACCACAGCAAGACCGGGUUAUCCAUGUCAUCUCAGGCGGAUCGGAAGUAAGCGGAAUCAGACCUACCAAAGGCUUGUCAACAUGA